AUGACAAAUAUAAAUAAGGAGACAUUAAAUAACAAUUUUAGUUGUGAACUUAAUAAUAUUUUCCCAUUAACGGAUACUAUUUCAACAACAAAUAAUACUAUAAAAUUUGAUAAUAAAAAAGAAAAUAACGUUUUGAAGGAGGAGGAGGUAGUGGAUGAUAAAAAUAGAAAAAGUUUAGAUAUAUUAAAAAAAUAUCGUAAAAAAUUAUUUACUAGUAGUAUGGAUGAAAUAAUUCCAAAUUUAUUUGUUGGAAGUUUAAGAGAUUCUAUUAGUAUAGAUCAAUUGGCUAAAAAUAAAAUUAAAAGAAUUGUUAGUUUGAUGAGUUAUUUUCCUAAACAAGAUCAUCCCCAUCAUACUAAUAUUAAAACUUUAAAAAUUCAAGUUGAAGAUAAAUGUUGUCAAGAUAUUUUGACAUUUGUUCCAAUGAUUAAUAGUUUUAUACAUAAAGGAAGAAUGAAUAAUGAAGCUUGUCUUAUUCAUUGUUUUAUUGGAGCAUCAAGAAGUGUCACAGUAACAGCAUUAUAUAUUUUAAGUGUUACCACAAUAUCAUAUAAUUCAGUAUUAAGUUUAAUAACAUCAAAAAGACUAUCUGCCUCACCAAAUAUUGGAUUUAGAAUGCAACUUCGAAAAUUUUCACUUGAUCUCCGGGAUAAUGAAUAUAGAAGAUUAAUGCUUGAAAAUGAUGAUAAUGAUGAGUCGAAAGAAAAAUUUGAAGAAUUAUUUAAAAAUGACAAAAAAGGAAAUUUUCCUGCUGAAAUAAGAUGUUUAAGGCAAAAAUUAACAUUAUGUUUAGAAGGUAAUGGUAUUAAUUAUAAUUAUCAUAAUUAUGAAAAUUUUAAAAAUCCUACUAAUAUGUCAUGUUGUGGAAAGAUGAGAGAAGAUAUAGAAAAUAUAAUUUAUAAAAAAAUUGAGGAUAUUGAGGGUAAAUUUAAGAAUGAAAUAGAAAAAAUGAUAGAAAAUUAUGAACAAAAAUUAAAAUUAAUUAAUGUUAAAUUAGAAAAUGAACAAAUUAAAAAUGAACGUUAUAUAAAAUUAAUGACUAAAAAGGUUCAUCAUUUUAAUAAUAGUGAGUAUAUAUUUAUUGAAGAUAAAGUUUCAUGGUAUGCAGCUGAACAUGCCUGUUCAAAAUGGGAUGGACAUUUAGUUUCAUUUUUAUCAGAAGAAGAAAAUAAUUUUGUUAAAAUGUUACACAAAACAGUUAUAUGGACGGGAUUAAAUGAUAUACAAAAUGAAGGUAAUUUUAUUUUUACCGAUAAUUCAGAAACUAAUUUUAUUAAUUGGAAACCUGGUUCACCUGAUAAUAAAGAACAUAAUGAAAAUUGUGUUGAACAGGAUAGUUAUGGAAAAUUAAAUGAUAUUUUUUGUUUUAUGGCUAGACCUUAUAUAUGCAAAAGAUAA